AUGGGCAGAAGAAAGAUUGAGAUCCAACCGAUUAACGACGAACGGAACAGAACGGUGACUUUCGUGAAGCGAAAAGCUGGACUAUUCAAGAAGGCACACGAGUUAUCGAUCCUGUGUAAGGUUGACAUAGCUGUGAUAAUUAUUGGACACAACCACAAGGUGUAUGAGUACUCCUCCAAUGAACCGCAGGCCGUCAUUGACAAAUACCAACAGAGCGAGCAGACUCAGGAGUCCAAGCGCCCCCAGGACUACGGCAAUUACAAGCUGAUUUCACGCUUGUCGACGAAAAAGGGCACCAGGGCCGAGACGAAGGCCGCCAAAUCGGAGCCAAUUGAGGAAGACAUAUUGGAUCAGAACAGCAACUCAGAUGUUGACGAUGACGACGGCGAUGACGACGAGGAUUUCGACGAUACUCCGUCGAAAAAACGGAAAUUGAGUCGAUCUCCUCGGACUCAAGAUUCUCGUCGAAGACCGGCGUUUGUUCCUCUGAAAGAAUCAGGUCAGGGCCAGUCUGCCACCAGAAUGUCCAAGCGGCCUCUGUUGAGUUUGCAGAUUCCAAGCAACGAUCGGUCGUCGUCUGACAGUGCUAUCACGGUGACAGCUUUGGAGUCAAGCUCGAUCAACAAGGACAAGGACAACGAAAAUACCGAUGCUACGGGGACUACACAGGGUACGCAGAACUCGAAGAAAGUAAGCAUUCUCGCGACCCCAACGUCCAACUCGUUUUUGCCCGGUUUGAACAUUGUGACUCAACAUGCCCAAAACCCGUUGGACCAAGGGAACUCGUCCAACAAGUCCACGCCGGUGUCUGCUACAAUGCCGCACGGACUGUUUUCGUCUAUCCCGCAAAUGUCUCCUACCCAGAUCCUCCCUACGCCGAUUUUCCCGAUGGGGAGCUCUCAACAGCAACACAUGGCGCAGCAGCAAGGAUUUGGGCCGUACAGUGCCAAGUUCCAGCCCAAAUCCACCCCUGGGGGAGGGCAGCCGUUUUUCAACUACACAGGCGACACGCCUGUGCUAGCAUCUGGGUUACCGUCGGGAUUGCCUUCCAGAUACCUGGACAUGUUCCCGUCUCCUAACGUGUACUAUAGUCAAGAGUGGUCGAUACCCAUGGGGACCGGUAAUACUCCGUUGCCAGGAACCGGCCCCCACAUGUUACCGGGCGUUGCUGGCCAGCCGCCGCCAGCGCCGGGAGGUCCGCAAGCGCAACCGCCGCAGCAGGGUACAUCCAGCGCGGGGGAUUCUGCGCAGAAAACGGCUCCGUCCACGUCUACAGGCAGCAGCUUUGCGGCGCCGCUGACGGGCAACGGAGCCCCAAACCAAGACGGGAACUUCUCUACGUUGACGACACCGCUACAGGUGAUCGGGUCCGCCAUAUACAACCAGGCUGCCCAGGUUGCCGAGCGACGAGACAGCGACAAGUAG